AUGGCUAACCCAACACAACCUAAUGUUGGGUUCACUCCUGAGAGAGAGAGUGCAAACCUUGAGAAGAGUCCAAUUCCGCCCCCUCCUAGUUUUGUAGCGUCACCACCUGGUUUUCCUUCAUCAAAACUGCAUUUACAGCCAGAUCAAGCUCCUUCCCGUUCCGUUAAAACCCCUAACGUUUUAUCACCAGCCAAUGGGGUUGCCACAGGCGGUCCUGUUCCUCAUUUGAGCACCCCUCCUGGACCUCCGGUUUUUACAUCGCCUGUCCGUCCAGCUGCCGUUCCUUUUCGCACGUCACCUUCAUCCCCCCAGCCUCUUGCAUUUUCGUCAGCCUCUUCUUUGCCAACAUCAUCAUCACCACUGCAAUUUUCAAAUGGAUCGUUUGAGUUGCAGCACCAAGUUUCUGAUAGUAUGGACGACCAGGUUCCUGUUGCAGAGUCAUCCUUUGUUCUUUUCUCAGCUCAUAAGGUAUUGAAACAGAAGAAACAAGCUAAUGUGCCCAGUUUGGGUUUUGGGGCAUUGGUCUCUCCUGGGAGGGAGGUUUCAAUGGGCCCCCAGGUAAUACAGCGUGAUCCUCAUCGCUGCCAAAGCUGUGGGGCUUAUGCAAAUAUAUAUUGCAACAUAUUACUUGGAUCAGGCCAGUGGCAGUGUGUUAUAUGUCGGAAAUUGAAUGGAAGUGAGGGGGAGUACAUUGCACAUAAUAAGGAAGAUCUUCACAGAUUUCCGGAAUUAUCUUCAACCAUGUUUGACUAUGUUCAAACCGGGAACAAGAGACCAGGUUUUGUUCCAGUUUCUGAUUCUAGAAUGUCUGCCCCAAUUGUUCUUGUUAUAGAUGAAUGUUUAGAUGAACCUCACCUGCACCAUCUACAGAGUUCUUUGCAUGCUUUUGUUGAUUCUCUCCCACCAACAACGAGAUUAGGAAUUGUACUAUAUGGUCGUACUGUAUCAGUGUAUGAUCUUUCAGAAGAGUCAAUGGCAUCUGCUGAUGUGCUUCCUGGGGACAAAUCACCAAGUCAAGAAUCUUUGAAAACAUUAAUUUAUGGUACUGGUAUAUACUUGUCACCAAUGCAUGCUUCACUGGCUGUAGCUCAUUCCGUAUUUUCAUCAUUGAGGGCAUACAAGGUGAGUAUACCAGAAGCUUCUCGAGAUCGGUGUCUAGGAACUGCUGUUGAGGUUGCUCUUGCUAUAAUUCAGGGCCCAUCUGCUGAUCUGUCCAGGGGGGUGGUCAAAAGGUCAGGGGGAAAUAGUAGAAUUAUUGUCUGUGCUGGUGGGCCGAACACUUAUGGACCUGGAUCUGUUCCUCAUUCUUUUAGUCAUCCUAAUUAUCCUUACAUGGAGAAGACCGCAACUAAAUGGAUGGAAAAUCUUGGUCAUGAGGCUCAUCGGCAGAAUACUAUAAUUGAUAUUUUAUGUGCUGGAACAUGCCCUGUAAGAGUUCCUAUCUUACAUCCUCUUGCAAAAACAUCAGGUGGAGUUUUUGUUCUCCAUGACGAUUUUGGGGAAGCCUUUGGUGUUAACUUGCAAAGGGCAUCUGCCAGAUCAGCAGGCUCUCAUGGUUUGUUAGAAUUGCGCACAUCAGAUGAUAUUGUCAUUACUCAAGUUGUCGGCCCUGGGGAAGAGUCACAUGUAGAUACCCAUGAAACAUUUAAAAAUGACACUGCCCUUUAUAUUCAAAUGCUAAGUGUUGAAGAAACACAAAGUUUCUCUCUCUCCAUGGAAACCGAAGGAGAUAUAAAAAGUGAUUUUGUCUUUUUCCAAUUUGCAAUUCAAUAUUCAAAUGUGUAUCAAGCUGAUGUGUCGAGGGUCAUUACUGUUAGGCUGCCAACAGUAGAUAGUAUUUCUGCAUAUCUUGAGAGUGUUCAGGAUGAAGUGGCCUCUGUCCUUAUUGCAAAAAGAACCCUGUUACGAGCCAAAAACCAAUCUGAUGCAAUUGAUAUGCGAUCAACAAUAGAUGAAAGAAUCAAGGAUAUUGCUCUAAAAUUUGGUUCCCAAUUACCUAAAUCAAAACUUCAUAGUUUCCCAAAGGAGCUUUCUCUCUUACCAGAGCUCCUUUUCCAUCUCAGGAGAGGACCACUUUUGGGAAGCAUUAUUGGCCAUGAAGAUGAGAGGUCUGUGCUGAGGAAUCUGUUUCUGAAUGCAUCCUUUGAUCUAUCACUCAGAAUGGUGGCUCCCCGAUGCUUAAUGCACAGGGAGGGGGGAACUUUUGAGGAGCUACCGGCAUAUGAUCUUGCUAUGCAGUCUGACGCUGCUGUUGUACUUGACCAUGGCACCGAUGUCUUCAUUUGGUUGGGUGCCGAACUUGCUGCUGAUGAAGGAAGAAGUGCUGCUGCUCUAGCUGCUUGUAGGACAUUGGCUGAAGAACUGACUGAGUACCGUUUUCCAGCUCCUCGCAUCCUUGCAUUUAAGGAGGGUAGUUCCCAGGCUCGAUAUUUUGUCUCUCGUCUCAUUCCAGCUCACAAGGAUCCUCCUUAUGAGCAGGAGGCAAGAUUCCCACAACUCAGGUCGUUGACAUCUGACCAGCGGACAAAGCUGAAAGCAAGUUUUGUUCACUUCGAUGAUCCUAGUUUUUGUGAAUGGAUGCGAGGCUUGAAAGUGGUGCCACCACAACCAAGCUGA